UUGUUUAUUGGAAGCGGAGGAGGUGGUUGCAACAGCAUGGCCAGCGGGAGCAGGGCAGGGGGUGCGGCUGGUGGAGAAGGAAGCCGGAGGCAGUCGGAAAGAGGAGGGGGUAGAGGGAAGGACAUUGCGAGCUCAAGUGCACCUUCGUCGGGGGUGGUUGACAAAGUCCCGACGUCGGGUACGAACCCAUCCUUGUUCGUCCCACAGCCGAAGGAAAGGCAAACGAAGUUGCAGGGCGAGAAGGAGGUGUGGAAGCAUGUGGAGCAAGGUCAGGAGGCUGCGCUGAAGGGGCGGGGAGAGUAUUGGUUGUGGUGUCGGCUACGCUCGACCGUUUACAGGGGCAAGAGCACAAGAGCCGUUGAGCAUUUCCUCAGGGCAGGCAAGAUAUUGCACAAGCUGGUGGCCCAAGGCGCGAAGCUGCUGCCGAAGGACAAGAAGACACAAUACCUUCUGCAAAAUUACCGGCAGCUUCACAACAUUUCAGCGGGGGGGGCUGCUAUCACCGAAGACGAUGAGAGUGGGGUUGUACCUCGCGGUUACGAGGAGCCACAACCGCUGGUUGCUGCUGGGAGGGAGGCAGUGGAGGAGGUGGUGCAGCAAGGAAAAGAAACUGCAGCGGUAGAGGCGGCGGGAGAAGAUGGUGAUUCCACCGCAAGCGUGGCUUCACUACAGCAAACGACCAUCAAGAGAUGGGUCGACAACGAGGCGCAGAAGAAGUUGGACGUUGAGUGGGCGGAGGCAAUGUUCAGAGUCGGAAUUGCAUUCCAUUUCCUGGAGUUUGACACCACCCGGCAGCUGCACGACCAAGUGGAGCCUUUGACAAAAUAUUGGGAUGUCACCGACUGCACUUUCAUCACAGACGGGUCUAACGAUCGGAGGGAGUGGCCUGUCAUGAACUUCUUAGCGGCGGGGGAGCAGGGAGCUGUUUUAGUGGCGACGGUGUACAUGGACGACAAGAAGAAGACGAGAGAAGCGUUGGCGAAACUAUGGGAGAAAAUAAUGAGGGAGAUCGGGCUGCAUCGCAUCAAUGCGAUUUGCGCUGACAAUGCGGAGGUGAACAAGAGAGCAGCUCAAAUUUUGGAACGACGCACGGACCCUGCGGUUUCAAGACCUUGGGUUCCCUGCGCUGCACACUGCCGCAGCUUGCUGCUAAGGGACAUCAGCAAGUUGGAUUGGGUGAAGGGCACGGUGAAGCGGGGCCACACCAUCGUCAAGUUUAUCAGGAAUCACCACACAACUAACAGUUUCAUGAUGAGUUUGGACUCAUCAUUGAUGCUGUUGCGACCGACUGAGGUCCGUUUCGGUUCGGUGUACCGGAUGCUGGAACGGGUACACAACCGGAGGGCAGUUUUGAAGAACAUGGUGAACGCGAGGAAUGCGGGGAAAUGGAAGGCGAUGUGGUGGUCGAGCGCGAAGCUGCAAGCGACAGCGGAUCUCAUGUACUUCACACUGCGGAGGGAUGCUCGGUGGACGGAGCUAAGGAAGGUGGUGGAGAUGAUGGAUCCGUUGUAUCUCCUACUGCGGAGGAUGGACAAGGACGGGACUACACCGUCAAACCUUGUGGAGUACGACCGACUCAUGGAGAGGAUGUUGGCGGAGGUUAAGCAAAUUGGCGGACCUUGGAAGUCCAAGGCGCACGUGGAUAUAUUGAGCGACCUGCGCGAGUUUCACAAGCAACCCACCGCAUACGACCUCAAGCGGAAAUACACGAAGAUGUGGGAUGAGGAUGCGGUCACGGAUACUGAUUGCAUCUCGCCGUCGGAGUGGUGGGCAACACAUGGUGACGAUGUGUCGACGUUGCAGGCCAAUGCUAUCAAAGUGAUGGGCAUGUGGAGCACUGCAACUCCGGCGGAGCGUAAUUGGGCCUCGAUGGACUUGGUGCACUCCAAGCGACGGAAUCGGUUGAAGCCCGCGACCGUGGAGAAGCUUGUGUACAUUCAUUGGAAUAUGAAUCUGUUGCGGGCGAGCAAGAGCUUAAAGGACCAUCACUACGUCGAUUUGUGGGCGAAGUUCUUCGAGUCUCUUCCGGAUGUGGAGGAGGGCGAUGAUCCUCUUUUGGAGGAGCCCGAGGAGGAGAAGGGGAAAACGGAGGAGGAACAGGCGCGGGAACGGGCCUUAACCAAGUUACCAAAGGGCCGGAUUCCUAACAACCUCGAAGAAGAUGAAGAGGUGCACACGGACGACGGCGACUUGGACGACGAUAUAUGGAAGGGAAAGGCUCCAUGGUCUGAAACGUCUAGCGAAGGGGAGGCAGAAGACUCGUCCGACGAUGAUUUUGAGCUGGGAGCGCGACCCUCAAUCUCGGGCACCACAUAUGUUGGGAGGAGGCCAACAACGCAGCACCGUCGAGAACGCCCGCCCACAACGCCAUCUCAACGGACGGCGAAUACAAGUGCACAGUACGACAUCCAAUCCGAUGUUGAGCUACCGCAGAUGGACACCGACAUUGACAUGGUGCUUCCCCCCGGUCCAAUCGACGUGGAUGAGGCGGAGGCCGAUCGUGCGAAGGCAAUGGCUGAUGCGGAUCGCGAACUGGUGCAAAGGAGAAUGAGAGAGAAGGAGGAGCGGCGAGCAGCUAUACCAACCCGUAGAGAAAUGGAGAAACAAAAGAAGAAGGUUGGAGAGCAUGAACCGGAGCCUGUGCUGGAGAUGGGGCAGCAAGAGGAGGAGGAAGAGGAGAUGGGCCAGCAAGACGAGGAGGAAGAACACGAGAUGGCCCACCAGGCGCAGGAAGAAGAAGAGAUGGAGGACGAAGUAGAAGAGGCUUGCAUGGAGCGGUGAGAGGAGGAGAUGGAACAAGACGAAGGGAAGGGCACAAACCAGCAAGAAGAGGGGUUGGAGGACCAACAUGCGGAACGGGUGGGAGAGAGCAAGAAGGAGCAGCAGCAUGACGAGAUGGCGAACAGCGAGGAGGAGCCGCAACAGCAGCAGCAUGCACCGACGACCAUGUACAAGCGUCAGAAGAAAACAGCGAAGCCUGCCGGGUCACCGGGGAAUUCCCCCGAAUUCCCAGACAACGCAGAGGGAAGCCAACACGACAACCUGUGGGACAGUAGGGUUGGGAGGAAGAGGAAGCCGCCCCCUGUCGACGAUGUGCCGAGGCCGAAACUUCCACGUGGCAGGCCUCAGAAGAACCCGACUGCCGGUCCGGCUACGAAGCCGA